AGUGUCUAACAUGGCAACUUGAUGUACAAAGCAUUCCUUGUUCACAUAGAAUCUAGGGAAGGACCGCACCACAAAGGGUGUUAUAUGGAUAACCUAUCUUUUUGUAAACAUUAGUUACUACUUCUAUGGUUCGAACCAGUGACCUAUAAGUCAAACGAAGACAACUUUACAAGUGGUGAUUUAGUGUUUCAUUGAUGGAAUGUAACAUGUACUACAUGAAAUUUCGGUAUGUAACUUCUGUAUAAGUCACACACAGUGGUUUAGUGUCUCAUUGAUAUAACAUAACAUGUACAACAUGAAAUUUCUAUAUGUAGUUUGUGUAUAGGUCACACUGAGACAACUCUAUAUAUUAUAACAUGUACAACAUGAAAUUUUGGUUUGGUUUAUAUUUCCUCCUCAAAUGCAGACACCAACUGAGAAUGUUGCUCAAAUUUUGAAUUGCAUUGAGUCAACAAACAAUCAAAUCCCUCAGCAACAAGAAGAAUUUACCAAGAAACAAAAUCGAUUUGAGCAGAGAGGCAUAUUCAGUACUACCAUUAGUCCUAACAAUUCAUCAGAUGAUGGAUACACAUGGAGAAAAUAUGGACAAAAGCAUGUAAAAGGGAGUAAUUUUCCGAGAAGUUACUAUAAAUGUACUCAACAAAAUUGUCCUGUGAGGAAAAAAGUUGAGUGUGCACCAAAUGGACAAGUCAUAGAAAUUGUCUACAAUGGUGGUCAUAAUCAUCCGAAAACUCAAAAUCUUCGACGAAAAACUACUGAUGAUUUAUAUGUUAGCCAAGAAAAUGGAUCAUCACUAUGGAGAAAUGAUCAGCAAUUUGAGUACAAUAAGGAUGUUACAAGUUUUAAUGGACUAGAAAGAACAACCUCUACAUCUGUCCUGUCUGAUGACUCCGAUCCAAUGUUGUCAAACAAUCUGAAAUCGAUGAAUGUGUAUGAAUCAGAUGGAACUCAUGAGCUUUCUUCUACACAUGCUAUCUAUGAUGGUGACGAUGAAGAUUUGGCCACUCAAGAAGGUAAUUUUCUUGGUGAUGGUAUCAAUGAGUAUGAAUUAGAGCCAAAAAGAAGGAAGAAAGACGGUUAUUUAGCUGAACCAAGUUUACUGUCAAGAACAGUGAGAGAACCAAAAGUAGUCCUCCAGGUGGCGAGUGAAAUUGAUAUUCUUGACGAUGGCUAUCGCUGGAGAAAAUAUGGCCAGAAAGUUGUCAAAGGAAACCCGAACCCCAGGAGCUACUACAAAUGUACGAGUGCUGGAUGCAUAGUGAGGAAACAUGUCGAAAGGGCAUCAGAUGACUUAAAAUCAGUAAUCACAACAUAUGAGGGGAAACACAACCAUGAAGUGCCAACAACAAACAAGACAAACGGUGUUUCAGGAAAUGUUCGUUCAGCAUCUAUGUUGAACAACGGGCAGCAGCCUUGCACAACAUCUCGAAAAAGUCUAAAAGAUUCAAAUAUCAGAGUCCAAAUUCAAGCUCUACCUAUUCCAUUCGAUGGAAAGCAUUACAUGGGAAGCGAGUAUUUAAGGCAAAGUUUUGGUGCAAGUUACCUCGGGGACUUGAGUUUCGGAGCUUCUCCUUUGCAACUCCCAGACUUCCCAUUACCAUUGCCAUUGCCAUCUCGAAUGAGCUUUCCUGCAAGGCAGAACGAGCCUCGUCUUGGUGACUCUCAUUUGAAUAACCAUUUCUUAUUGCCAAAUGAUGCAUCCAAUUCAUUUUUAGCAAAUGGGAAUACACAACAUAUUAACAAUGACAACAAUAAUUCGAGACUCCCUAAAGCCAAAGACGGGAUUCAUUACUGGACCUAG